UCAGUGUACAUCGAACUAUUCAGUGCCAAAUGUUCUAUCGCUAUCCGGUUUGAUGUAGGUAUGCUCUACCAGUAUGGACUGUCGACAUUUACGGCUAUUGUUGUAAUUCUGCGAUUUGGGUGACAGCUCCUGUGUAUAUCUAAAUUCCAUCAAAUUCCAACAAGCGACGGAAUAAUGCGAAUAGGGAAUUCUAAUAUUUCUACUGCACGGAUAGCGCAGAGAGAUAUCCACAAUAAAAGGUGUUGACAUGAAGAAAGACAUUGAGACGUUGAUUGCAGAGGAACGCGCUGACAUCAUUUUAAAAUAUGAUACGGGCAGACAUGAAGGGGUGGAGAUUGACCCCUGGGAAGAUGCAGACUACAGCAUUUACAGAGUCAUUGAUCGCUUUGGAUUCCUACAUGAGGAAGAGCUUCCAACUCCUAGUGUGCAUGAGGAGAAGAAAAAGCACCUGGAGAUUGAGAGAGUGGAGAAAUGGCUAAAAAUGGUGAAGAAAUGGGAAAAAUACAAAAACAGCGACAGGAUGGUGAAGAGGGUGUAUAAGGGCAUCCCUCUGCAGCUGAGAGGCCAGGCCUGGGUCUUGAUGCUGGGUGUGGACAAGGUGAAAAAUGAGAACAUGGGGAAGUAUGAGAAGAUGAAGGAACAGGCUAGAAUAUAUUCCCAGGAAAUCAAACAGAUCGAUCUAGACGUGAACAGGACAUUCAGAAACCACAUCAUGUUCAUGGACCGAUUCGGAGUCAAGCAGCAGUCUUUAUUCCAUGUGCUGUCUGCUUACUCAGUCUACAACACGGAGGUGAGCUACUGCCAGGGCAUGAGCCAGGUCGCUGCCUUGUUGUUGAUGUACAUGAAUGAGGAAGACGCCUUCUGGGCCCUGUCGCAGCUGCUGACCAAUCAACAGCAUGCUAUGCAUGGCUUCUUUACUCCGGGGUUUCCCAAACUGCAGCGCUUCCAGACACACCACGAUAAGAUUCUCUCCAAACUUCUCCCUAAGCUGAAAAAACAUCUGGACAGGGAACAGAUGACCUGUGGGAUCUACAGCACCAAAUGGUUUUUGCAGUGUUUCAUUGAUCGGACCCCAUUCACACUUACUCUCCGGCUGUGGGACAUCUACAUUCUGGAAGGAGAGAAGAUACUUACUGCCAUGUCCUACACCAUUCUUAGAAUGUUCAAGAAGCGUCUACUGAAAAUGAACCUGGAGGACCUGAGGGAGUUCCUCCAGGAGAAGAUUGCCCUUUCUUUUUUCUACAGCGACGAUGUCAUUAUUGAUCAGCUGCAGGCCUCAGUGGCAGAACUACGCAAGAUGAAGCUGGAUCUCCCACCCCCAGCCAAGCCUGAGGAGCUGCCACGGAAGGACCUGGGUAUGGAACUGCCAUUGCUGGUCACUCCAGUCGCCACAGACCAGGCUACCAAACGACCAGGAGCCCGGGAUUUGUGUCUUGAUCUCAUCACCCACCAGCCAGACAUAAUCUCCCGAGACGGCAGCCCCUCUAAGGUGGACAGGAAGGACAAGGAAGCCCUCAACAGGGAGGAAGAGGAGGAAGCCCCUCCUCCAUCUCCAGAACCCAUUCUCAUCCACACAAUCCAGGCUCUAGGGCCACCUGAUGGGUCUCCCCCUACUGGGGCUGGACCACCCCAUACUGGGGCUGGGCCACCCCCUUAUGAGCCACCAGGGGGUGAUAAGCACAUUUGUAUUGGACCACCUGCCAUUCCUUUGCCAGUCCAUAAACCAGAAAGUACAGAAAACUCCUUCAGCCCAGUGGCUGUACCAGAGAAAGUCCAAAAGGCUACAAACACAUCUCUGCAAAGCCUCCUGGAGGAGCAGAGCCUGACUGCCCACGUCGCCCCUUCGUCCCUCAGUGCUCCAAACUCCCCCUGCAGGCUCCCGUGGACUUAGUCGGCGCCCAUAGCCCAGGCUUCAGACAGGUUUAUGUGAAAGCCUGCUGCUAAAGGGUAGAAGACUGGGAGGAGGAGGAUGAGAAUCUGGCCAGGUUGCUGGAGCAGGUCUCCACCCUGUCUAAACGAAGGCCACAGACAGGAGACACAGAAGGGUCCGGGUAGACAAGAGAAUUGUAAAGCAUUCAAGGUCCAUUGUGUCAUGUUGUGAGGGAAGCUCCCACAUUGAAUCUCCAAGUAAUGCCGUUACAUUGUUUCCUAUCCCACUAAAAACAUUAUAACUCACUUCGUUUUUGUAGUUUUCUAAUCAUGUUCACUUAGCCUUUGUCAAAUAUUUGCUAGUAUAGUCUUAUUUUAGCAUAGUUUUAUUUUUGGUACUUUAUCUUAUUGUCUAAAAAUGCCUUAAUUUAAGCUGUACCAUCCUUAAUGCAAUUAGAUUAUUGCUAUCUUGAUAAUAGAUGUACUGAUUGCAAAACAGGUAAGACAGCGAAUGGUCAUGUUUUAAAAAGAUGAAACCUAACACUCAAGGUCAAGGUACUACACAAUAUGGAGUGAGUUAGCUUAGUGAAGAGCUGGAUUGUAGUCAAUCUGGAAUGCAGCUUAUGACAACUCUUCCAUCAGGGGAUCAGCCUCUGAUUCAAUUUCCCAUUAUCUAUGCCUGUUCUAAUAAUUCAACAAUGGUUUUAGUUAAACAUUUAAUUUAAGGUGACUGCCCUUUGUCAAAGGAAAAACAAAAUGUACAUUUUGAAUUCACGCAUUGGAAAAAUUCUAUAUUUGAGAAGCAGUUAUUCCAGCACUUGGUACUGUGUGUACCCAGGGUAAUGGCUUUGCAUACAUGUACAAAUAUUGUUCACACCUAUAGCGUCAAUCCUCAAACUUGUAUGCAUGCAUCAAUCGGCAUCAUCUGGGGAGUGUGUGCAAUAGAACAUCUAAUUUAACUUGUUGGUACCACUUCUGCAUACAGCAUGAUCCAUAUGUUCAAUAAAUGUGUGUGCAACACAGAACACUCAGCAAAUGCCUCUGCAACAUACCGAUUGCAUUAGAAAUGAAUGAACUUCCAGUAUUUCAGAGCUUUAAGCCUUGAAUGUGCCUGCAGUGUCAAUGUGCUGUGGUAGUGGUACCAACAGGUGAAAUUUGAACUUCUUUUGCGUAAAUACCGCAAUGAUGCAUUCAUAAAUGUUCAAGGCAUAAAUGUUUGAGGUGCACUGUAGGUGUUAAGCUAAGAUCAAACCUACUUUAUCAAUGAACUCUGGAACGCUGCACUUGCCUUGCUAGGCAGUUGCAAAUUGUUCUAUGCGGAAUCGUCUGAAGUGCUAGCAACUGAUGAAAUUGGAACUCAUCUUGCACACAUACCCAGGCAUUUGGCCUUGUGCAGACAGAAAGUGUCAAGCCAUAUAUGUUGCAAUGGAAGUCCAUUCAUUACAUUGGAGUGCAUUAUGCACUGGUGCGACUCAUCUGCAAGAUGAAUCCACCAUAAAAGAUACUGAUGUUAAGCUUUCAGCUAAGUAUCCAAUGCGGCAUACACACCUACAGCAUCAAAGCAGAAAGGUUGCAGAACAUUUUGCACAGUUAUGCAAUUACCCAAAAUACAUUGAGUCUCCACAGAUGUUACAUAUGCAGCGUAAAAAAAAAAGGAGGGAAUAACUUUCAAUGGAACCUCAAACACUUGCAGGUUAAUGUUAGUGAGUGUAAUAUUAAUAUGAAUAUUAAUACAAAUGAUGCAAGUUAGUAAGAACUAUCCCACAUAGUUUGUCCUGGUAAGUGUGUUUGCAAGUGACUGAUUGAGAAAUAGUAAUAUAUUCUUAAAUAUGUACUAUUAAUGUAGUACUUCAUGAAUUCUAAAAAUGUUAUAUGUUGACAAUUUCUAUUAAAAAGGUUUGCUCUACUAGUGCAACAUAAUUUUGAUAUUCAGCAUUUGCUAGCACUUCUGCCCAGCUUCCACACAUACAAUUUGAAGUAUAUGUUGGAUAAGUCCAAUGCAUGCACAAGGCCAAACGUUCUGCAACUGCUUCUGUACUGCAAUAAUGCAAGCCAUUGAACUUCCCAUAACGCUGCAGGUGUGAUCAAGGCUUUAUGGCAAAGGAAUCAAACCGAUUCCACAGAGGCCCUAGGGGAUGCCGGUUUUUGCUUUUCCCUUUCUUUUGGGGCCCAACUGAGACCUAAACCAGCUCAACCAUAGGUGAGAGAAGAUCCUAACUAAUUAAUGACAUAAUUCAUCAAGUACAAGGUAGGAGGGGAAACGUGCAGACACUCAGCCCUCGGUGGAACUGGUUUGACACCUGUGAUUUACGGGAUAGCGACACACUUUCAUUAUACUUUUAUAGCAUAAUAUUUAUAUUAUAGAAAAAACUACAUUGGUUGUCAAUUUAAUAAUAAUAAAUAUCUAGCCAGUAAUAAAUAGAGGCAUUUUUAUGGUACUUAGUAUACAUUUCAGGGUGAAAUUUCCUUAUAAAUGAUUUUCUAAACAUUUAUAAUUUAUCUACCAUAAGUUCAGGAAACUUAAACAUCUGGCAUCUGACUACUUUUUUGGCGACUCAAUUCAAUGCAGCAUGUCUGGCAUUAGGAUCUCAGUAAACAUGUACUUUAAUCGUAGAUAGAAUCAAACUCUCCAUGCAGCAUGGUUAUUUCUGUUGUGAUGCACCACAUGGAUUGGGAUGAUUAUGUAAAAUGUACCGAAGGGCAAUGCAUCAAUGUGAUCUUUUAAGCAAACAGAUCACAUAUUGAUAAAACCCACAUGUUGCAUAGAAAUUAUGGCACGCAUGGACAGCUUAAGCACAGAUUUGUACGUACAAUGCUUGAUUAAUGAGGCCCCUGGUGUAACCCUAGUGUAGAAGGAUUUUUUACUGGUCAUCCAGGAAAAAAUCCAAGUGUGUAACUCUUGGGCUUCAGUUUGUCAUUUAGCAAAAGUAUUUAAUAUUGAACUUUUCUGUUAUUGGAAUGUUUAGGCUAUUAGGCUGUUUCUUGGCCCAUCUUUGCGCAUCAGUGAUCUAGCAACAUUGUAUUUUUUUAUCAUUGGAUCUUUGCUGUAAUGUAUUAUAAAGCUUUUUUAGUAUUUGUAUACAGAGCAAAUAUGUUGUACUCAUUGUGCCCAGGUAGAGUCCCUUUAACUGAAGUCUUAAAUACUGCCUUUAGAUACUGUAGUAGUAAUGAUAUGAUAUGUAUCCGUAACCCAUAGACAUUUAUUUUUAAAUAGUUUGUAGUUAGUAAAGGCCCUUAUUACCACUUGUGUACAUUUUAUUUAUUUUAAAUAACUUAGGUGACUUACAUUAGCACCUAGGGUUAAGCAACUUGCUCAAAAGCACAGCAACUUAUUUUUUACUUGUCAGAUCUAGGAUUAAAAACACCAAACUUUCAGUACCUGGUAAUCUGCUAUUUUCAUAGGGAGAUUUGCAAAGACAAAGGCUAUUUGCAUAUGGAUGGAAAAUAUGAUUAUUAUUGGGGUUGAGAUUUUACCAAACAUGUUCUGUAGGUAUGUUAAAACCAUGAAAUUUGUGAAAUGAAUUUGUAUAUUGAAAUAGUUUUUUAUUUGGUUUCAUUUAGUUUAUGUUGUGGACCCCCAGGGGCCCAGCAGUCAGAAAUGAUCAAGAGGAAAAUGUGUAUACAGCAUAUAUUUUCCAUAAUACCAUGUUUAUGCUUGCCCCAUUAAAGAAUAUUCAACCUUGGAA